AUGGGGGUGGAUGGCAUGUAUGAGAAGAGCAGAAUGCUGAAUAUACAAAACAGCACAUGGAGUAGUCGUCAGGAGUGGUACCAAGACAGUUUGGUGACAGGACAACUCAACCCUGACAGCUGUCAGCAGCUAGAAAGUAGCUUGGAUUCUGAGCACCCCCAAGGUGGUGGCAGCCAAGACCUAGAUGACUCUCAAAUCCAUUUGCAGCUGAAGCGCAAAUUGCAGAGAAACAGAACUUCUUUCACACAAGAGCAAAUAGAGGCAUUGGAGAAAGAAUUUGAGCGUACUCACUACCCUGAUGUCUUUGCCCGUGAACGCUUGGCAGCAAAAAUCGAUCUUCCCGAAGCCCGGAUCCAGGUCUGGUUCUCCAACCGUCGAGCUAAAUGGCGUCGGGAAGAGAAACUGCGGAACCAGAGGCGCCAAGCAGGUGGCACUGGGGGGCACCUGAUCAUAAACAGCACUUUUGGCACUGUAGGCAGUGCUGUCUACCAGUCACUCCCUCAGCCUAUAGGGUCAGGUGCUAUGCUGGGCCAUACAGAAAGUGUCCUCAGCAACAACUAUGGUUCCCUUCCACCUUUAGCUCCCUUCUCUAUGGCCAACAACAGCCUCCCUAUUCAGCAGGCAGUGCCCCCUGUUGCCAGCCAGACAUCGUCUUAUUCCUGCAUGCUCCCUGGCAGCCCAUCAGUGCGAAGUUAUGAUUCAUACACACCCUCCCAGCUCUCCUCUCAUAGUCUGAACUCCAGCAGUGGGACUUCUACUGGGUUGAUUUCUCCAGGAGUGUCAGUUCCUGUACAAGUCCCAGGUGGGGAUUCUGAUCUUGCCCAGUAUUGGCCACGACUGCAAUGAGCACAAAAGUGGUGGAGGAAAUAAAACGAACAAGCAAAAAGGAAGGAAGGUUAAUGGAGAGAAAAGGGCUUUUCCUCUGCAGGGGGAAAUACAGGAAUGGUGAAAAACUUUUU